UUGUUCAUCUUUGGACUUUAUGGACUUCCUUUCUUAAACCUGGAUGAAUUUCUCAUAAUUCAGGUUUCCAAGGACAUUAAAUAUGCUGAUAAGCAGCCUAUAAUACCAUGGGGUCCAAGGUAUUCCAAGUCUUCCAGAAAUGAUAUGUUGAUUAACCUAGUAAUAGCAACUGUGUUUAGUGCAUGGAUUGCCAUCCAACGUAGCGUUGAAUACAAACCACUGCAGUUCAUGUCUUUUGUAUUUAUGUACAGAAUUUUUGAGAAAUUAAAAUCCUUUGAAGCACUUUCAUCUCCAACAUUAACGAGGAAGGGGCAGAAAAUGGACGGGGACUGAGAAUGGGAAAGAGGCUUCUUCUGUCUCUUUCAUUAGUUUUUGGCUCUAUUCUUUUUGCAUCUUUGGCCUAUACCGGGAUCUUAAAUGUGAUCGAGUACAUGGGAAGCUCUAUAGCCAUUGCUCUUUACAACCAGGAACUUAUAGCGACGGCUUCAUCAGUUUUGAUGCUCUAUGCCAUGUGGCCGUUAGAUGUCAACCAUUGUCCAUUGAGAUGUUCUUUUCUUGGGAGAGAUGUGUUUCAAAAAUAAAUAAUGUAUUCGCAAUUAAUCUUGGUACUCCAAAUUAAGCUUUAUGUUUGCUUAAUUUAGUUUUCUUUUUGCCUUUGUAAUAGAUUGGCUAUAUUUUAGUUAUAUUAUAUUUAGUAUAAUUUAAACGUUUCCUAAAUAAAUUAUGUAGCAUAUAGUAUACACAUAAUUUGUUCAAAAUUACAAAUCAUUUGUUGAGAAUGAUUUGAUCUAUAAUCUAUUAGAAAAAAUAGCGUGUUAAGGAAACACAUGCCGUGUAAGUUAUACGAUAAUAGCAUGUUGUAAUUAUUUUUUGGAGGGUCAACUGAUAACAUGUUAUUGAGUUCACAUUAGUAUAAUGCCAUUUUAAAACGGGUUACAUAAACGUUCUUGUUUUAAACUCCAAACUAUUAAUUGGUGGGAGAAAAAUUCUAAUAAGAAACUUCGUCAACCCUCAUGGCCUCAUCAACCAUAUAUAUUUUAAUAAUUAAAAGUUACCUGGCUGAGUGAGAUGUUUUAUUGCAAGCUAAAACAAUUUUAAAAGAAAAAGUACGUAUCGAAAACUUUCAUGCAACAUUUGAAGAGUUAAUGUUUCACCAAUCCAUGCAUAAUCUCAUAUUUCAUAUUCUAAAGUUCGUUGAACGUUUACUGCAGCGUCACCACUCCAAAAAUGAAAUAUACAAACUUAUUAUCAUUACAGAUCGCUCUCGUUGCUGGAAAGUUUUCGUUAUGAUUUAUGAAAUAUGUCUUAUUGGUUCGACCAGUAAAAGUGUCUGGCGGGUAAACUGAGUUCGAUCGUCAUCGAAAGUUCAAUUUCCACUCAGAUUUUUUCUUAACUAUUUGGUGUAGGGCCACUACAAAACAAUUGUAUAUACGUAUAGCGUAUGCUUUCACAAUUAUUGAAGAAAGAAAGAAAGAAAGAAAGAAAGAAAGAAAGAAGAAGAAAGUCCCAUAUGAAUGAAAUAAACAUAUAGCAAAGUCUCAAAAUUUGGUGUCACGCUUAUAACGAUUGUAUAAUUUUAGUUUAUUGUAGAGAAGAAAAAUGAAAAAUAAAAAAGAAUAAAAUCUGGAAAAAUCCGAUAGAGACGGAGACGCCAUGAUCCAUGAGAGUAGAAGUGAAACGUGGGACCUGACUCAAUUUAUAUCACAGUCACAUUUCUAUAAAUAGGAGAGACAUGCAUGAAGGUAUGGAGUCACAGCUGCUCCACACUAAGUUUAGAGACUUUGAAAAAGUAUUGACGACUAGUGGGUGAGAGACAUCUUCUCUACUUAAGUCUUUCUUACUAAUCAAGUGGCCGCAACAAGCUUAUGUAAUCAAGCUCAAGUUGGAAUCAGAAACAAGAACAUCCUUCUUCAUUUACACAGGGCUUUUAAGAUGGUGACAAGAAGUGUGGAUCUACGAUCAGACACCGUGACAAGACCCACUGAUGCUAUGCGCGAAGCAAUGGCUAGUGCAGAAGUGGACGAUGACAUCCUUGGCUACGACCCAACAGCUCGACAUCUUGAAGAGGAGAUGGCUAAGAUGAUGGGUAAAGAGGCAGCUCUCUUCGUGCCAUCCGGCACAAUGGGGAAUCUAAUAUGCGUUAUGGUUCACUGCGAAGUGAGAGGCAGCGAGGUGAUUCUUGGAGACAACUCCCACAUCCAUGUUUACGAGAAUGGAGGGAUAUCAACAAUAGGAGGCGUGCAUCCCAAGACAGUCAAGAAUGAAGAAGACGGGACGAUGGAGUUGGGGGCUAUAGAAGCAGCUAUUAGAGACCCUAAAGGAAGCACGUUUUAUCCAUCUACAAUGUUGAUUUGCUUGGAGAACACACACGCCAACUCUGGUGGGAGAUGUUUGAGCGCUGAAUACACAGAUAGUGUUGGAAAGAUUGCGAAGAGACAUGGACUGAAGCUUCAUAUCGAUGGAGCUCGCCUCUUUAAUGCUUCCAUUGCACUUGGAGUUCCAGUCCAUAGGCUUGUAGAGGCUGCUGACUCUGUUUCGGUGUGUCUCUCUAAAGGUCUUGGAGCUCCGGUGGGAACUGUAAUCGUUGGCUCACAUACUUUCAUAGAAAAGGCGAAAACGUUGAGGAAAACAUUAGGUGGAGGAAUGAGACAAAUAGGUGUUCUGUGUGCAGCCGCUUUGGUCGCACUCCAAGAGAACCUCCCAAAGCUACAAUUUGACCACAAGAAGGCAAAGUUGUUAGCUGAAGGGUUGAAUCAAAUGAAAGGGAUUAGAAUAAACGCUGCAGCCGUGGAGACUAACAUGAUAUUCAUGGAUAUGGAGGAUGGAUCAAGACUUACUGCUGAGAAACUGCGCAAGAGUCUAACGGAGUGUGGCAUUCUCGUCCUCCCAGGAAACUCAUCUGGGAUCAGAAUGGUUGUACACCACCAGAUAACAAUAAGUGAUGUACAUUACACAUUGUCUUGCUUACAACAAGCAAUGCAAAUGAUUCAGGAACCAAGCCUAAACCAAACCGGCAAAACCGAAAAUGCUCUCUCUUUUUAAAUGUUGUUUGUCUAAGUUAUAUCUAAUUGUAAACAAUAAGGAUCGCUCGAUCUGUCAAUGCAAUUGUCACCCUAUAA